CCGUCAACCCCAGAGCCGACCCACACUGACCCGAUGGACGGAGUUAAACGACAGAACAAGCAGUUCUAGUCCUGUGCAGGGUUCGGGUUCGUGCUGGAUGUCAGUGACACCAUCGUCUGAGAUGUGUCUUCCACUUUAUGCGGCCGACUGUUUGUUUUCGGGCCGGUUCCGUCGCUUGUUCUGCCGCUAGCCGGCUGCGUUUAGCUGGCUCGGUACCGCCGCUAGUUCAACAUGACGCUUCCAGCUUUGCACAACACCGGCGUGCUUUACAGGAGGAUACUGGCACAGUUUCCGCAGGACAUCAGUUUAGCUUUCGCCUAUGGGUCAGGCGUUUUUAAGCAGCACGGGACCAGCCAAGGUCAGAUGGAGAGGAACAUGCUGGACUUUGUGUUUGCGGUGGACGACCCGGUGACGUGGCACACCAUGAAUCUGCUGCAGAACCGCAAACACUACUCCAUCCUCAAGCUGCUGGGCCCCACGACGAUCAGCUCGAUUCAGAACGAGCACGGAGCUUCUGUGUACUACAACACGCUGGUGCCCGUGGAUGGGAGGAUAAUCAAAUACGGUGUGAUCAGUACGGAGUCCCUGAUCGAUGACCUGAUGCACUGGAAGACCAUGUAUGUGGCCGGACGCCUUCACAAACCCGUGAAGAUGCUGGUGCAGGGCGAGAAUGGGAAGCUCCGCGCCGCCCUGGUGGCCAAUCUGAAGAGUGCUGUGACGGCCUCCUUCCUCAUGCUGCCGGAGAGCUUCACUGAGGAGGACCUCUUCCUGCAGAUCGCUGGUCUCUCUUAUGCUGGGGAUUUCAGGAUGGUGAUUGGAGAGGAUAAGUCCAAAGUGGCCAAUAUCGUUGAAGACAACAUUCAGCACUUCAGGAUUCUGUACAGCAACAUCCUCCGGGACUGUCCUCAGGUGGUCUACAAGCCCCACCAAGGGAAGCUGGAGGUUGACAAAAGCCCAGAAGGCCAGUUCACCCAGCUGAUGGCGCUACCUCGCACUCUUCAGCAGAGGAUCACCAAGCUGGUCGACCCUCCAGGGAAGAACCGGGAUGUGGAGGAGAUCCUGCUGCAGGUGGCCCAGGACCCGGACUGUGGAGCAGUGGUGCACCAAGGUGUCUCCUCUAUUGUGAAAUCCUCCAGUAUAACCCAGAGCAUUAAGGGCAUCGCCACCGCUGGUUUGUGGAAGACGGCGUCGUACAGCUCCAAGAAGCUGCUGAAGAUGUGGAAGGGCUGGAGGAGGAAGCCGUCCGUCUCUCAGAUGUCCUGAUCCACCAACCCGUCUGUCUGACAAUCCAACAAUGUCCGUCCUUUUGUUCUAACCCAGACAAACCGGCCAGAACCACCGCCCCCUAACGUCUGGCUGUGUCCCUCCAGCGUCUGAACCAAUCACAGGUGUGAGACUGGAUUGCCUCCAGCCAUGUCUGCGUCUGCCCUUUCCACUAAAUUCAUUAAAAGUCGUAGAAUAAAAGGUGACAUUUCCUGAGCUGGACUGAAUAGCGGCUGACAUUUGAUGCUACCACCGAUCUGGGUCUGAGUGGCGGCUGCAGUGACUCAUGAGGCUGAAUCGGAUCGAGUUUAACGUUUAAGACGUGACUUUGGUUCUGUGUGUUAGGACGCCAUCUUUUGAACCGUACGGCAGGUGAUGGGCCGCGGCAACAUGCUGGAAUGGAGAAUAACAUUUCUAUGUGGAAUUAACACGCGUCUUGUUGGUCUACUCGUAAUGCAAAGACGUGGUCUCCUGGACGUCUGUCAGUGUUACUUCACUCCUUGUUUCUGUGAGCUGAGCAAAGUUCAGCUACAAGAAACAGGUUUAAUAAACUCUAUUAACACAGAA